AAAUAAUAUUACCAUCAGCAGAUUCUUCUUCAUUCCUAGAUGGAUUCUGUUCUGGUAAUUAAGUUUUUAUUGUUGGUUCUAAUCCAUUUGGUUUUCAUCCACGGAAACAGGGGCUGCUUUGAAGAGGAGAAGGCGGCUCUUCUGGAAUUCAAGGCCUUUGUCAAAUCGGAUGGUUACGAUGCAGAUCAACUUCUUCCUUCAUGGGUUAAUGACCCUGAGCAUAAGAGUUGUUGUAAAUGGGAGAGGGUCGGUUGCGACUCCACCACAGGCCAUGUGAUCAAGCUCUCCCUCAGCAAUAUCAGGCAGUUUCAUGACCCCUCAUAUAGCUUAUAUGACCCCAAAAACAGUUGGCAUUUAAACCUCUCCUUGUUUCAACCAUUUAAGGAGCUAAGGAGUCUGAAUUUAUCCUUCAAUGUAAUUUCUAGGAUACAGAACAAAGGGUUGUCAGUUUUUGAAAACUUAGAAGUGCUGGAUUUAAGAUCCAACAUCUUAGAUGGCUCGUCAGCAACACAAGGUACGCGAAUCAAUAAUUCUAAAUUCUUUGACCCUGCACCUUAACUUGGAAUAAACGAGUUUUCCUUAC